ACCAAAAAACCAAUUGGCAGGCAAAAAUUACUGGGCGAAGCAAAAUGAAGAUAGGAGCAGCGUUUGGAGUGGUGCACGCAACCCCUCCCAUUACCGCACUCUCUCUUCCCCACCCAAGGCCCAGGGUUAGAUGCUUCUCCUCUACUGGCCAUGUAUCAUUCAUCAAGGAUGUAGCUGCAACUCAGCCUCCUGAGCAUCUUCCUUCCUUGCUCAAAAUCCUUCAAACUAAAGGUGAAACAAUUAUCUCUCCUGGAUCUAGGCAAGGAAUAGUCCCCCUUGUAAUUCUCCUAUCAGAAAAUUUGUCAGGUUCUUUAACUGCACUACUGCGCUGGCCAACAGCUCCACCUGGAAUGGAGAUGCCUAUUGUGGAAGUUUGCAAGCUUGGGGUGUGGCUUUUAGCCAAGAAUGAUUGGAGCCGAGGGAUCGAGGAGGCCAGCAGUGCUAGCUGUUGCAGAGUCAAUGAGCUAGAUAUUCCACUGUCCGUUUUCUAG